UAUUCAAGUUCAUGUGUCUACAAUUAAAUUGCAAAAUUUAAAUGAUACUGAAUGUGAACCCUCUGCAAAACACAAAAGAUCUGAAGAAUCGUAUGAAUAUGUUGAAGACCUACCAGAAGUGAAAAAUGUUGACUCUACUGUUGAUUGUGAACCUGAGAUAACUGAAAAUAACCUAGCCAAAAAUAAUAAACCACGAAAAAACCUCACUCGCAAUCGAAAAAAGGGUAAAGAACGUCCGAUUAGAACUACACGAAAUCAUCAAACCUCGCAACAUUUAGAUCAAGAAACCGUUGAUUCUGAUAAAGAAUAA